AUUUCAGUGAUAUAUUAAAUUGGAAGUCAUGUUCUGCAAGCGUAGAAGGAAGAAGAAUUCUGCAAGUUGGCCAGCUUUACUUCUUUCUUUAAUUAAGUCAACUUCUAGGACUCGACAAUAACCCCUUUUUUUCUCCUUUCUUGCACGACCUUCACAUAGUAGUAGAGAAAGAGAAGGUGAAGAACCAUUCCUAGAUAUCCUCCCUCACCAUCCAAGGCUGUUAAGUUCCAGUGCUGUCCUCGCAAGCCCAGAAAUAAAUAUGAAUUAAAGAUUUGGAAGCGACCAAGAUGAUGGGAAAGAAAUAAGGAUACAAUUAUACAAAGCAAAAUGGCAGAAGCUGCAAUUUCAUUUGCUCUGGGGCAAGUUCUCCAGCUCUUGAAAGAGAAAGGAGCUCUGCUGAAAGGCGUUCACAAAGAAUUUGCAGACAUGAAAAAUGAGCUAGAAAGUAUUGUAGCCUUCCUCAAAGAUGCAGAUAGAAAGGCUGCAGAUGAAGGGAGUUCAAAAGAUGGGAUACAAACUUGGGUUAAGCAGCUGAGAGAAUUGUCUUUUCGCAUAGAAGAUGUCAUUGCUGAGUGCAAUAUUUAUGUGGCACAGGGAACCCAUCAAGUUGGAUUCAAAAAUUUUAUUCAAAAGAUUUCUCACAUGAUCACAACAGUAAAGCCUCUUCUUCAGAUAGCAUCGGAGAUUCAAGACAUUAAGGAAUCUGUUCGAGUAAUCAAAGAAAGAAGUGAAAGGUACAACUUUCACUACUCACUUGAACAUGGAUCACGAAGUGGCAGAUGGCAUGACCCUCGAAUGGUUUCCCUUUUCAUUGAAGAAGCUGAAGUUGUAGGAUUUGAGGGCCCAAGGAAUCAACUGGUUGAUUGGUUAGUGGACGGAUCUGCUGCGCGCACCGUGAUUUCAGUGGUUGGAAUGGGAGGGCUCGGGAAAACCACCCUUGCCAAGAAUGUUUUUGACAACCAAAAGGUGAAAGGGCAUUUUGAUACACGUGCUAUCAUCACAGUUUCUCAAACAUACACUGUAGAAGCAUUAUUGAGGAAUGUACUAAAGCAAUUCUAUAUGGAGACCAAUGAGCCGCUUCCUGCCGCCAUACGCACCAUGGAUACCAUUUCACUUGUAGCUGAAAUGAGGCGUUACUUGCAGGACAAGAGGUAUGUAAUAGUCUUUGAUGACAUAUGGAAGUUAGAAUUUUGGGAUGAGAUCCAACUUGCUACACUUGAUAACAACAUGGGAAGUAGGAUAGUAAUCACAACCAGGAACUUGGAGGUUGCAUAUUAUUGUAAGAAAUCAUCUCUUGUUCGCGUGCACAAGUUGCAACCCUUGCCUUCAAAUAAAGCAUGGGAACUCUUCUGCAAGAAGGCGUUUCAGUUUGAUCUCAAUGGAAAUUGUCCACCAGAGCUAGAAGAGAUGUCUAGUGAAAUUGCUAAAAAAUGUGAGGGGUUACCACUUGCAAUUGUGGCCAUUGGGGGUCUUUUGUCAACCAAAGACAAAACUGUGUUUGAAUGGAAAAUACUAUGCCAAAACCUUAACUUUGAGCUGAGGAGAAAUCCCCAUUUAACUAGUUUGACAAGAAUCUUAGCCCUCAGUUAUGAUGACUUGCCCCCUUAUCUCAAAUCAUGUUUCUUGUAUUUUGGUAUAUAUCCAGAGGACUAUCCUAUCAGAUGCAUGAGAUUGGUUAGACAAUGGGUAGCUGAGGGGUUUGUUAUAAAUGAGGAGGAAACAACUUUGGAGGAAGUAGCUGAACAAUACUUGACAGAGCUGAUCCACAGAAGCUUGGUUCAAGUCUCUUUAGUUAACUUCGAUGGUAAAGCUUCAAUUUGCCGAGUCCAUGAUUUGCUACAUCAAAUGAUCGUAGGAAAAGUGAAAGACUUGAGCUUUUCUCGUGUUGUUCUUGAAGAUGAUCAACCAACCCCUGGUGUAACAGCUCGACGCUUAGCCAUAGCAACUGAUUCUUUUGAUGUGCUUAGCAACCUUGGAGAACAAUACUCAAAUGUGAGGUCCAUUUACAUUUUUGAAGCAGGUGGGUGGCCAGAGUACUUGUUCAGUAAGUUCUUUGUUAAGUCUAAGCUUUUGAAAGUGUUGGAUUUGGAAGCUGCAUCAUUGAAUUAUGUUCCUAAUGAUUUGGGGAAUAUUUUUCACCUAAGGUACUUGAGCUUAAGGAAAACAAAUGUUAGGUGUAUUCCAAAAUCCUUUGGUAAACUGCAGAACCUUGAGACCUUAGAUCUUAGAGGAACACUAGUGCAGGAGUUGCCAAUCCAGAUAUGCAAGCUUAAAAAAUUACGCCAUCUUCUAGUUUACUAUAGAGAUAGGAUUCCUAGGAGUAAUACGAUUCAUGGUGAAACUGGAGUGCGGUUGAAUGGAAGUAUCGGAAACUUGACAUCUCUACAAAAGCUUUAUCAUGUGGAGGCAGACCAUGAUGGAUUGAACCUCAUAACAGAACUGAGAAAGUUGAAGCAAUUAAGGAAGUUGGGGUUAAAGAAUGUAAGGAGGGAGUUCGGAAAUGCUUUAUGCGACUCAAUACAAGAGAUGAGUUGCCUUGAAUCUCUUUCUGUCAGUGCCAUAGCUCAAGAUGAAACCAUAGAUUUGCAGCUUAUUUCAUCUCUACUUCAGCUUCGAAAACUUCACUUGUUUGGUCGCUUAGACAUGUUGCCAGACUGGGUCACAAGGCUCGAGUAUCUUGUUAGGUUGUCAAUUCAUUUUUCCAAGUUGAAGGGUGAUCAACUGAAGUCACUUAAAGAUCUACCAAAUUUGAUGCGUCUCUCGAUUGGACGUGAUGCAUAUGUUGGUGAGUCAUUGCAUUUUGAAAUGGGAUUUCAGAAAUUGAAGAGGCUAUAUCUUACAGACUUGAAUGAAGUGAACUCUAUUGUUAUAGACAAUGGAGCUUUACCUGCUCUUGAACGACUUUUAUUGAGGCGCUUGCCCCAACUUAAGGACAUGCCGUCAAGCUUUCACCUACUUAAAAGCCUUGAAAUUUUGUAUUUGACUGAUAUGCCACAUGAGUUCAAUCAAAGCGUUGAUCCAGAACAUGGACCUAAGUACUGGGUCAUCAAGCAUGUGCAGUUGGUAUCGAUUAGAGAACAGUUUGGUCCAAAUAUUCGGGACUACAACCAUCGCACUAUUCAUCAUCCAAGGGAUAUAUGAAUCAAAAAUUACAAGGCUUCUCAAUGUGGAUGGAACAUGAAAGUUUCGGAUUCUCAAUAUGCUGCUGUGCACAACAGGAGCAUUUGUUGUUUCUUCAUUCUUAUUUUGUGCUUUUCAAUCCCUAAAUGAAGUAAACUAUUGGGGUCAUACUUCCUCAGUGCAUCUUUUAUUUUUUGAUGAAGUGGAUAUGUUAAUGCACUUUUAUUCUGUUUCUUAUGGUGUUUUAGCUUACUUCCUAAUUUGCGUAGUCUAUAGUUGUUAACCCAAAAAGUUCACUACUUCUUUGAUUCGGAUCGAGGGCAUAUAAAA